AUGACACGGCACACCAAGCGCCAGCAUGCGCUUCUCGCCGCCAUUCCAUCGCCAAAAACCGACGCGUGGACAUGGACAGAGGAUCACCCGCACCCCGACGUCGGCGCGGACGAGGUCCUCAUCGAGACGCACUACGUCGCGCUCAACCCCGUCGACUGGAAGGGCGUAAAGUACCGCUUCGGCCUGACCCCCGAGCCCAAGGUCAUGGGCCGUGAUGGCUCCGGCAUCGUCGUGGCCGUCGGCGACGGCGUGACGGACCUCGUCGCAGGCGACAGGGUUUGGUACUGCUCCAACACUGCGCUGCCGCACUCGGGCGCGUUCCAGCACUUCUCGCUGCACCGCGCGAGCCAGGUCGGCAAGGUGCCCCCGAGCGUGAGCUUGCAGUCGGCUGCCGCCAUCGGCACAGGCUUCCUCACCGCCGCCGUGCUGCUAUUCAAGUGCUUUGGCUUCCCGGUCAGCAAGGCGAACGUGUGCCGCGGGCGCAAGACGGGGCCAUGGAUCUUCAUCACCGCAGGCGCAAGCUCCACGGGUAUCUACCUCAUCCAGCUGGCCCACCGCCUCGGCUUGAGGGUGAUCACGACGGCGUCAAAACCCAACCACGCGUACCUCAAGUCGCUCGGCGCCGACGUCGUGCUCAAGCGCCACGACAAGGACCACGAGCUGGUGCACAUUAUCCGCAAGUAUACCGAGGACGGCGUCCUCCUCGCCGUCGACAACAUUGGGCCCAAGCACUCGGCCGUCGCGCGUGAGAUCCUCGCCGGCUCGACGGCGUGGCGCGCCGAGCACCACAUCACCACCCCAUCAGACGAUACAACCGGCCGACUGGUGUCGAUCGCCGGCUCGCCAAAAGAGGUGCCCGUGUUCCCUGAUGCCGUGCGCGCCGUCGACGAGAUCCGCAUCUCGUUCAGCACGACGUUCUACGGGCAGCCGGAGUUCGCCCGCGAGAUUGUCAACUUUGUCUACUCGCAGCUCGAGCGCGGCCUGCUCGUCCCCCAGCGCGUGUUCCUCGACACCUCUGGCCUGUCGGGCGUGCGUGCCGCGCUCGACGUGCUCGAGGCGGGCAAAGUGCCCUCAGGGUACAAGCUCGUCGUGGGCGGCCUCAAGCCCCUGCCAUCCGAGGCUCAAAUCUUCACCGAGCGCGCGUCUGCCAAGGCGCGCGGACGCCUCGAGAAGCGCAAGCACUACCACUUGGACUACGACCUCUUCGACCUUGACGACCUCGAGUUUGACCCAGAUGCCGAGGAUGCUUGGCCACCCAGCCGCAAGAUUGCGAGGUCGACCAAGCCUGCUUCUGCUCCUCUGCCCUCCGCCGCUGCCCCCGCUGCCACUGUCCACUCGACUGUGGCCUAA